AUGUGGAAGAUGGUCUAUGGUAAGAAAUCAAAUUUACCGAUAGAAAAGUAACGAUAAUAAUAAUAAUUAGUACUUGAAAAUGUUAAAAUGCAUAUCUUAUCAGGAUUAUCCUUCAUUUGACCUUCUUCUUUCAUCACUGUAUGGCCAUGGCUUCUGCAAUAGCGAGUGCAUAAAUACAUUUUUACUAUAUUAUGUUUCGUGGUCCACGUGCAUCGCUAUUGUCGUUAGCCUUUUUAACCUUAAUGUUAGCAUUCACACUCUCCACACUGUUCUCCAUACAUAUCUUGUGUUACUGAUGAGGAGAAUUUGUUUAAUAAUCAAAAUCUUUUUUACCGGCUUAUCAAUUCUAUUCUUUAAAACUUUUAUGUAUAAUUUUAUAAAAUGUUGGCUACACUUGAAGGAGUUAACGAUAAAAGAAAAUUAAAAUCUAUAACAUUGCGAUACAUCAAAGUCGUCUGAUUUCUAUUCGGCAGCAAUUUUGGGGUUCUCUUGUAUAUAAAAAGAAAAUAACAAAAAAAGCCCAGCCAAACUUUUGGGUCAUAACUUAUAACAAAAAAUGAAUGGAAGCCUUAAAGGUUGGAAUCUUCCUUUUUUUAAGUGACAUUUUUUUGUUAUAAUCAACACUUUUUUUAAUUUACAGGUCUUGAAAAAAACAAAGAAGGUGACUUUCCACCGAACGACUGUGAAAAAGUUGCUGCAACAGGACCGAUGGCAGGUAAGAGUGAGGUUAUUUUCUUCUGUUGAACAAGGGUGCUUUCGAUUAUUCGGAUGCUUUUAGCUUUUCAAUGUUUAGUGUAGCAUCUCCGAGUAAACUGACGUAUAUGUAAAAUAACUGUUUCCCUCUCCCGCUUACAGUCUCCCUUGCUUGCUGGGUUGGAAUCCCAGUUUAUCUAGUCUUAAUAGCGAUGUAACUAUCAUAGACUGAAAUAGCAGUCCCUAAAGCUCCUGUCUUCCUUGCUCUUUUGUGCGUUGUUGCUCAGGGCUCCCAUUGAUAACAGACAGCUUUUUGCGUCUGAAGGGGCUACCCUGAGCGGCAUAAAUUAAUAAAUGUUCUUCUUCUUCUUUUUCUUCUUGUUUCCCUUGCUCGCUGGGUUGGAAUCCCAGUUUGUCUAGUUUUAACGAUGAUUUAACUAUCAUAGACUCAAAUAUUAGUCCUGAAAGCACCUGUCUCCCUUGCUUGGAAUCCCAGUUUAUCUAAUUUUAAUAGUAAGUUUUAACUAUCAUGGAUUACAAAAUCAGUCCUGGGAGCACCUGUCUCCCAUGCUUGCUGGGUUGGAAUCCCAGUUUAUCUAGUUUAAUAAUGAUUUAACUAUCCUAGACCGAAAUAUCAGUCCUGGGAGCUCCUGUCCCCCUUGCUUGCUGGGCUGGAAUCCCAGUUUAUCUGGUUUUAAUAGUAAGUUUUAACCAUCAGACACUGAAAUAUCAGUCCCGGGAGCUCUUGUCUCCAGUGCUUGCUGGGUUUGAAUCCCAGUUUUACAGGCCAAGCCACUUAAAUUCACUGCUAAUUUUAAACUUUACAGGUGUUGAAAAAACCCAAGAUGACCUUCCACAGAAUGGUUUUGAAAAAGAUGCUGCAACAGGACCGAUGGCAGGUGAUGUCAUUGUUUGCUUUGUCAAUUAAACCAAAGCCAAAAUAUAUUUUUGCAGUAGAGUGCAGUUACUUUGUUCUUUUAAAACCACAGUAAUUUUUCUGAAAUUGUCGACUGUUGUAAGUUUCAGACUAGUGCACUGUGCUGCACCUGUUUUAUGGAACUCGCUGCCAUUAACUAAAAGAAGAAGUAGGAGCCAUUUUUAAAAAGAAUCUUAAAACAUUUCUUUUUAGGAAAGCUUAUACUUUACUAGAAUAACUCUGAAGUUUAGUGCUUGAAUAUUUUAAUUUUAAUUUUGUAUAGAAUUUUAGACUUUUUAGUUUUUCGCAUAGCAUGGAAUUUUUUUAUUAUUAUUAUUAUCGUUAUUAUGAGCUUUUUAGGAAUUUUUUUAAUUGUAACUUAAUGUGAAGCGCUUUUGAAUAUUUUAUAGUUCUAGCACCAUACAAAUUCUUUAUCAUUAUCGUUAUCAUUAUCAUCAUCUCCUACAAAACUGGCGUGAAAUAACCUCUAUCUUAUUUUGUCUUUUUCAUCUUCCGCUUUCAGGUGAACUCAUUUUCCGUACACUUCAACAAAUCCUGCUGCAAGCACGCACAGAGUCCAGCAAGACUGAGCUUUCGCAGGCGUUAAAGAAGACUGCGUUGGAAAAAGGUUUUGCGAUAUCUGACAAUCAAGGAGAGGGAAACUGCAUGUUUUUUGCACUUUCAGAGCAGCUUGACCUCAUCAAAGGAAUUCAAAUCUCCCAUGAUGAGUUACGCCGAACUGUUGUACAACACCUUCGGGAAAACCCCAGGCUGGUAAGUAUCUUAUUACCUUAUUAGGGUGCACACAUUUGCAGUAUACGAGCAUAGCUGUGGCAUUUGCCCGCUACAUUGUUUUAAUUCCUCUUAAAGUUAAAAACAAUAAGGCCCUGUCCACACGUAUCCGAAAUACGCGUCCACACAAAGCGUAUUUGAAUCUUUUUCGCCCGUCCACAUAAAAACGCUAAAAUGAUUGAAAUACGAUAGCAGCCAUUUACAGAGCAUGCGCAGUGUUGUAUUCUAAAUCCUCUGUAUUCGUCCAUCCGCACGUCGGUUUCUAAAAUCUCCACUCUUUGGACCAUUUAUGAAAACCUGCUUCUUCGGCGCCCGAAAAUGCCGAUCACGUGUAGACGGAAGGCUAAAAUGGACAAAUAAAUCUCCGAUUUAAAAAAUGUAUAUAUCCGGAUAUGCGUGGACGGGGCCUCAAAUUCCUGCAAUUGAAUGUGACGGCUUUACGGGUAUGCUGCAAAUGAAUCCACCCUUUAUGAGCCAAACAUCAGCUCUGCAUGAGCAUCACGCUUGUUUGUACUUUGGGAUCAAUCUUAGCAGCUGGGGUUGAUCCGUACUUUGCUUCGUCGUUCACUGCACGACUGCGACGCAAAACGUCUGUAUGCGACGUUUUGUGGAGGGCGCCGAACCCCCCACAGUGACUAAAUGAGCGCGAUAAAUUUUGAGAGAACGCACAUUCUUUUCCCAAGUUACUUUUCGAGUCGGAGGCAUAAGUGGAUACCGAGAAAUUUUUUUAUUUGUUUUUGUCGGCUCGAUCGUCAUGCUCAUGUCCUAUUUUAUUUUUCAACUGUACGGUAUUUUGCUAAACUUGAAAUGUCGACCAACACCAGUUUUGUGUGAACAGGAUAUGACUACAUACUGGUUUUAAAGUCGCAAUUUCCAAACUCACAUUAUUUUAACAGUAAACAUCCCUUCCCUCCUCUCUCUCUUUCUCUCUUACACGUGUAACGAACACCACCCUAAAACCUACUCCAACUCCCUAAAAGUGUUGGUCCCUGCCGUUCUUAACUGUUGGUUUUUUUUUGACAUUUUUUAGGAGUAGUAUAGGUCACAUAGGUUAGACCCCUUUUUGUAGUCGAAUCUUGUUACUGUGAAGUUACGUCGAUGACAUGACAUCUUUAUCUCAGCAAUAAAAUGCGGUGGAAUCUCAUCAAGAUAACGUCGCGAGCUAUUUUUAUGUAGUAUUUAGUAUAUCCAAUUAUUCUUAUAUUGAUGAUGUAACUUGUUGGGAUCUUGUCCUUAUUUUGUGAGAAUGAUGUGGUAGAUCAUUCUAAAUUAUGUGCGUCAUGUUUUUAAUUAUUUGGUCAUGAAGACACCUCUGAACCAUGACGCCUUCAUUGUCCAUUGCAGACAACUUAAUCUGUGUUCACACUAUACCGUAUAGUUUUUUCGCGGGCACGAGAAUCAUACCGGAUGGGGUUUCAGUUCACACAUAAGAACGGUGAUUUCGGCGCGAUUUCUGUUAAACGGAGAGAAGCUGUGCUGCACCGAUCUCUUAAGUGGAGAGUCACAUAUCGGAUACGAUGUUCAUACUAUACUGGAUGGCUUUUCGUGUCGUCACCAAAGCUUAUCUGGUAUAGUAUGAUCAUAGCUUUAUUGUUCUGGUUCCGGUUCACUGAUUCUUGGCGCGCAAAGGAGAUAAAGACGUCAUCGACGUUAAUUCAUUUCACUUUAGAAAAGACGUCUACCUGGCUCCUCCUAUACUACUAAGGUCAACAAAUCUCUGCUUUAAUACUUUAAUAGGGAUACUCCUAAAACAGUGUACACUAUACUAGUGCUGAUACCAGUGGGGUCAGCCUUAGAGAGAACAAACAACGCGGCUGUCUAAAUAAAAUACCUUCUACAAAAGCACUCUACCUUUUUCUCUAUUAACUACAGUAUUUUUCUUUCUUUCUUACAGCCGGAUGGGACAGAACUGUUUCAUUUUGUUGAUGGAUAUCCAUCUUGGGAUGCCUACCUCACAAGUAUGAUGGCAGAUGGUACAUGGGGUGAUCACGUGAUUCUACACGGCGCGGCAAACUGUUUUCAAACGUGCAUCCACGUGAUCAGCAGUCUGCGGCAUCGCCAUGACGUAAUGAUCUGCCCAGAGUAUGAUGUUGCUGGUCGCAACCGGCUUGUGCUGGGUCACCUGCACGAGCUUCACUAUGUUAGCCUUAUUCCACAUAAAGGAGGUAAAGAUGUCUGAUUAUACUGUGAUUCAAGAGUUGCUAACUCGCGUUAUGAAAUGGAAGACAUUUGAGUGGAACAUUUGACCUUAAUUGUGGCACCUCAUUUGCAAAGAUGUUGGAAGACAUAAGAGGUCUAUUUUUUCACAUGUACAGGUUUUAAUCCGUCAAUUUUCUUAUGACUGUACAAUUAGCCGUUUUAAUAGUGAAAACUAAAAACAUUUUCUGCCUAAAAAAAUUCAUGCAGCCUCCUCAAUUUUUCGAUAAAUUACUGUAGUUUUCUUAAUAGAACUUGAUUUUUAGGGCCAGCACCUUGCCUGCAGUCCCCUGUAAAUACUCCACCAUUAGACCCUGUUGUUGUAAAAAUCCUUGGAAAAUAUGCGUACUAAUGAUUACCUAGUUUCUCUCUCUUUGAGUCAUGUCGCUAAUGAUUAUGACUGUCACUGUAGCGUAUGAACACUCGGUUUUAACGUCUGUCAGUAUACAGGUCAAAAUUUUUUUUCUAGCAAUUUCAUUAACAUUUAGAGGUUGAGAACAAUUUUUGCUCCAGUUGUUCCUUGCUUGCAGUCUUUGAAAAUAUUCAGUGUCAGGUUCCAUACUGAGUAGAAUUUAUUCGUAUAGGAUCAAUCCUUUUUAAAGAUAUUCGUUACCACAGAACUUAGUCAAAGACUUUUCUAAUCGAGUUCUUUAAGAAUUGUUCCUGUUUCUGGUGCGCUUUUAUCAAUCUGUAAAUAUUUUCAGCCUCGAAUAACUCUUUCAUUGACGAGUUAUUAAUGUUUAAGACUAAUUUCUGAAUGACAGCAAUCCUUAACUAGCUUGCGAAUACAGAAGCCUCUAAUUACGCCUCGUUGCUGGGGAACACCAAUUCCU